AUGAAUGAAUUCAAAGGUAUUUACAUACAUCCUGACCUCGUUCAUUUUGUUGCUGAAUGGUGCUCUGUAAAGUAUGCAUUUUAUGUCAAAGAUAUUAUGGACUCCAUAGACAAGAAAGUUCAUGAGAAGUUAGAUGAAGAAGAACUCGAAGAUACAGUGGAGAAUGCUAAACCUUUGUUCGAAGAAGAAGUUGGAAAAAUGUGUGAAAAACAAUUAGAACAUGAACGUGAGAUAUAUUAUGGUUAUAGAGAUUCUCCAUACGAACUAGACCAAUGGGAACAAGAAGAUUUAAAGAGAGAAUUUAGAGAAUAUGAACUCGCUAAGAUAGCAUUUGAAGCUGCAGAAAAGAAGUUAAAAGUUUGGGGUCGUUUUGUACAAAAAUAUUGUGAGUAA